GUUUAUUCGGUCAAUUGAGCCUAACGCUAUGACGAAUAUAAUGAUAGUAAGGUCAACAAAUACUGUGAAUACAAUUCACUGGUUGAAAUCGAAUUUACUGGACGUUCACACACGUCGAAACACUUCGUUUUAUUAUGUGCAAAUUGGGAAGUAAGUUGUUGGAACUCGAUAAAUGAUGUCGCAAAAUUGCGUCGCUUGGAAUUGGAUGUAAACGAACCAUCAGUCUGUAGCAGUACCUACACCGCCGUUCAUUCACCCAAUCUUCAACAUUUGACUGUUUACAUUCAAACUUCAUUUCAUAAAAAGAACACUUCCCACAAGAAACCAUUGGCUGAGCUCUUACGCUUAAACCCGAAUCUACGAAGCUUAUUCAUUUAUGGUGACAUCGAUGCCGAAUACGUUCAGAGCGUUAGUGAACAUCUACAGCAUCUGUAAAGCUUGAAAAUCGGUGGCAAUGGGCAGUUCUCGAAUAUUGGGAAUAAUACCGUGCACUUUUCAAAUGUGAAGAAGUUCAAAUUACGAAAUGUGACAUACGAACUUCCUUUCACAUUCGACCAACUUGAAGAAUUGGAUGUCAAAUGGCAUAUUAUGGACCAUACAUUGGCUGAUUUUAUCAGCAAUCAAAGAGCGCUCACCAAGCUGAAUUAUUCGUAUUACCAACACAGACAUAUGGGUGGCGGGAGCAUUGUUGAAGAUCGCAUCGCCAUUACUGAUUGAAGUCAACUUGCAUAGCUGCGAAUUCCAAGUUGAUGAAGUGGUCGCUUUCAUGGACAAAUGCACAUCGCUGAAGAGGCUCAAACUUCAAUUCCAUGAAGAAAAUGACUACGACGCUUUGCAGGAACGGUUGGAUAAAAAAUGGCAUGGAACCAGGGCGCAACACACGUUACGAUGGAACGUUAGGUCAACACCACACGAUGAGCCGUCAACAGAACGGUAUGAAAGUCGGUAAUCCCCAUCAAAUGUCAAGCUAUGUAAAAAAAACCAAUUUGAUUCAUGUGACAGAGAAACAAUAAUACUUUAUUUUGCUGAACUUUUAUUUGACUUAAAAAAAUAAAUCUGAAGACGAAAACAAAACAUCAAGUAGCAUUUUUCCGUUGCAAUUUGAAUUAACCCGGCGAAAUUCGUAAUUGAAAAUACGUAAUAACUCAGAACAGAACCAUACGUAAUGUUUGCUGUCAAAUUCAAAUGACAUUUAAACGACUUUCACUUUUUGCCCACUGUUUAAUCAGCUGUCAUUUUUUUUUAUCGUCAAACAACACCUCAACAGUGCUUAUCAGAGACGUUGCUGUCAUUAAUCACGGCUUAAGUUUUGAAUUCAAGUGUGACAUUUUUUAGAAGAAAAUGGAAAUUCUGGGUUCAAUCAAAACAUACGACUGGGGAACACGGGGUAGUCAAUCAAAAGUCGCUCAACUGGCUUCGAAAAAUGAUGAGAAUUUUGCCAAAGAAUUCAAUGAAACAACGCCGUAUGCGGAGCUGUGGAUGGGUGAUCAUGUUAGCGGUCCAUCGCUAAUUAAAUCCACUGGUGAAUCAAUCUCAAAACUUAUUGCUAGCGACAACUCAUCAAUUGGAGGUGCUACGUCUUUACCAUUCCUAUUCAAAGUAUUAAGCAUAACGAAACCAUUAAGCAUUCAAGUGCAUCCCAACAAGGAACAAGCUGAACAACUGCACGCAACCCGACCGGACUUGUAUAAAGAUCCAAACCACAAACCAGAAAUCACAAUCGCUCUGACCGACUUCUUGGCACUUUGCGGCUUUCGAACACCAGCUGAACUGUACAAUCAACUGAAAAAAUACCAAGCAUUAACCAAUUUAAUUGGAGCUGAUACCAUUGAAGAGCUACAGAAGCAACCAACCAGUGAAUCGAUCAAAGUAUGCUACACCAAAUUGAUGAGCUCGCCCCAAGAUGCAAUCGUGAAGUGUAUCUCUGAUUUAUCGGUCAUUUUCAAUGAGAACAAAGAAGACGAACUGUUGACAAAUGUAUUCAAGCAUUGCAAUCAUUACUUUCCGAAUGACAUUGGAGUGUUGUCAAUUUUCUUUAUGAAUAUAAUCCAAAUGAAACCUGGCCAAGCCAUUUUUCUGGCUGCCAAUGUACCACAUGCUUAUCUCUCCGGUGAUUGUAUUGAAUGCAUGGCAUGUUCCGACAAUGUAAUUCGUGCUGGUUUGACGCCAAAAUUCAAAGAUGUUGAAACUCUUCUGGAAAUGCUUGAUUUCACAGGAAAAACAGCCGAAGAAAAAUUCUUUCAAUCUCUUCCCGUUGGGCCAUACUCUGAACUUUUCAAACCACCUGUGAAAGAUUUUGCUGUUGUUCAAGUCAAAGUGCCAGACACCGUUCAGAACUAUUGCAUUGAGAACAGAGCAAAUGGAUCCAUUAUUAUUGUGCUCAAAGGAAACGCUUCAGCUGCAUACUUAGGUCGUCAAUUGUUCGAAUUGAAAGAAGGUUCGAUUGUCUUUGUGCCAGCCUGUAUCAAGAGUGUCGGUUUGACAUUUAACCAUCCCGAUGCAGAGGGUUUCAUCGCAUAUCAGGCUCUUUACAACGACUUCUAAACGGAACAUUCUUCAUUCUUUCUCGCUAAAAACCAUUGAAAUCUACUAAGAAGUAGAAACAAAAAAAACGAUGCAUUUUUCUAUUCAAAAGAGGUCAAGUUUUAUUUUUCUAUUUGUCAUGUGUAUGUUUUUUUGCUUUUCUGUUCAACUUCACAAUUUGUGAAACGCAAGCAUUUGAAGAGACUUUUUAUUUGUACAAAUUUUAUUUUUCCAAUGUUUAUAAUUAAAACUUAUAAACAUGUCUUAAAUGAUACAUUCCUUUGUGUGGAUUCAGGGAAACAAUUACAUUUAAUAUGAAUAUUUACAAAUGGAAAUGGAAAUAUGUUAUUAUUUAUCAAAUAAACUAGCUUAAAUUUUGUUUUGUUUUUUACGGCAUUGAA